AUGGGAGCACUGCCAUCAUCCUCCCGGAAUGGAGACAAGGAGGCCCCCCAGGAGGCUUGGCCCAGGGCUGAUGAUGAGUCUUCUGAGCCUGUGAACACCAACGUGGUCCUGCGGUAUGACGGGCUGAUCACCUGGGAUGCACCAGUCAUUACCAAAAGCUCCUGUGUGGUGGAUGUCACCUACUUCCCCUUUGAUAACCAGCAAUGCAACCUGACCUUUGGUUCCUGGACCUACAAUGGCAAUCAGGUGGACAUAUUCAAUGCCCUGGACAGUGGAGACCUCUCUGAUUUCAUCGAAGAUGUGGAGUGGGAGGUCCAUGGCAUGCCCGCUGUGAAGAAUGUGAUCUCCUAUGGCUGCUGCUCUGAGCCUUACCCAGAUGUGACGUUCACUCUCCUUCUGAAGAGGAGGUCCUCAUUCUAUAUCGUCAACCUCCUCAUACCGUGCAUCCUCAUCUCUUUUCUGGCUCCCUUGAGUUUUUAUCUCCCAGCAGCCUCUGGGGAAAAGGUCUCCCUAGGAGUCACCGUCCUGCUGGCCAUGACCGUGUUCCAGCUCAUGGUGGCAGAGAUCAUGCCGGCCUCCGAAGACGUCCCUCUCAUAGGUGAGCUCAAGCAGUUUACACUUUGA